AUGUAUGCCAGCAACUUGUUACUAUCACAGACGCUCGCGGGCGAGCUGGCUGAACGCACAUUAGCCUGUUUCAUCUAUAACUCUAAACCAGUCAUACAGACUGUGCAAGAACAUGUCCGGGACCCGAUAUUCGAUGAGAUGAUACUUCGAUGGCCUACGGCGGCACUCGCGCUGGCGGCGACAGUCAUGGCCAGCGAGGGACAACCUGGCAUGAUGCGCCUCGUGGCUUCUGACUUGACAUUUGUAUCAAGGAAGAGGCCGGAUCUGAGGCCGCCACGCUACAACGUCACGACCUACAAGCCCGAAAGCCUCAACUCUGGAUACUGGUUCGUUGCACCAUAUGCCGAUCUUGGAGCACAGUCUGGCUCUGCAAGUCUUUGCCAGAUCGGGCCGCACAUUUACGAUAAUCGCGGAGACCUGGUAUGGAGUGGCGCAUGCGACGUCAAGAACCGCAACACCUUUGACUUCAGGACGUGGGACGAGGAUGGAGAGCAUGGCUUCUCUAGCUUUGUGGAAGGGCAGCCGACCGGACUCGACAUGUGGCACAACCGUGGCGGCGGUCUAAUCUGGGAUGACAAUUACACCGUCAUGGACUCGGUAGAGCCUACUGGAGAAGGUCCCAACUACAACUUCCACGAGUUCACGAGACUUGGCGACGGGGGCGCGCUUGUUCUUUAUGAUGGAUCCUCCAACUUCACUGAUCCUGAGACCUCUGAGAAUGUCCUUGUCUGGGACGGAGGCUUUCUCGAACUCGAUUCGACAGGCAGCAUUGCAUUUAGAUGGCGGGUUCUAGACAACAUCCAUGUGUCUGAGUCGACCGAGAUCCGUCCCGAAGAGGAGACGAGCACCGAAUGGGACUGGUUCCAUAUAAACUCCGUCGAUCGGGACUCGGACGGCAACUACCUGCUCUCCGGAAGACACACUGACUCCAUCUACAAAAUUUCUUGCAAGGAUCGCUCCAUCAUCUGGCGCCUGGGUGGCUUGAGGUCAAGCUUGGCCAUGGACGGGUUCAACUUCUCACGGCAGCACCAUGCUCGGUUUAUGGAUGAAAACAGCGGGAAGACGCUCAUAUCCUUCCUCAAUAACGCCGCGGACAGCCACCACGAGACCUCUGCAACUUCUGCAGCAUAUUUGGUCCAAGUAAACGAAAACGAAAACAUGGCCAGCCUGGUCAAACAGUGGCCCAGGCCAGACGGAAAGCUCGGCUUCUACCGUGGGAACGUUCAGCUUCUGGAUAAUGGCAACGUGUUCGUCCACUGGGGCGACAAUGGAUACACAACGGAGUUUGAUAGCGAAGGCAAUGUGCUGCAAGAAGCCCAUCUGGUCCCUUCGCACCUUGGUACUUAUCGUGCUUACAAAUUCGACUUUAAGGCCACGCCCAGCGAGCCAGUUGCAAUCAGAUGCUCCUAUGCUGCUGCGGAGAAGGAGAACAACGUUACCGUAUGCCAUGUGAGCUGGAACGGCGCCACUGAGUUCGCUUUCUGGGAGCUCUUUGCUUCCGAUGAGACGGCUGAGCCGCUUGUACGGGGCGCACGAACUGGAUUCGAGACUGUACUUGUUGCAAAUGGUCUACAUGGCAGCGUGUAUGCUUGUGCUAUCGCAGCAAACACCACCACGCUCGGCACUUCGCAGCCGUACCAUCUCGAUCGUACCGAAAACAGCCAACCGACGACAUCGACUAUGGCACAUGCUGUUCAAAGUCCUAGUCAAGUGGAUGCUCAAAUAUCGUGGCCUUCAUCGAGCGAGUCUCAGGAUUGGCAUUCCAGCGCCAUCUUCAUGAUUGGAGUCGUCUUUGGCCUGCUGUUAAUGAACAUGGGUGCAAGGUAUGGUCCUAUGAUAGCGGGGUUCAGAGGGAGAGCGCGAUGA